GUAUUUUAUAAAUCCAGUGGCUUUAGCGACAUUCAUGUGGAAGAAGACAGUACAGUAUCGUCCUCGUGAAAGAGAUGCUGCAGAAGGCGAUUUUAAGAUUAAAGUGCACCCUUCGAACGGUGCACCUUCGCUCUUUGUCGAAGCUGUCAACCAACUUAAAGGAGAAUCUGGACAGGAUGCAAGCUUGGCAGAUACAUUCGUAUAACGGCCUGGAGGAUCUGCGACUCUCUAACGUUAGGAUGCCAGUGAUAACGAAUCCCACUGACGUCCUGGUGAAGAUCGAAGCCGCUAGCGUAAAUCCCAUCGAUGUUGCGAUGACGGAUGGCUAUGGUAAUACUUUCCUAAAUGUCCUACGCAAAACCAAGAGUUUGUCCUUUAGAACAUUGGGAGAAUUGGAUUUGCCAUUGACAUUAGGUAGAGACUUCACAGGGAUAGUUGUAUCAAAAGGAUACAAUGUAGGAGAUAGACUUGAGAUUGGCAAGGAAGUUUGGGGAGUGAUUCCAGUUGAACAACAGGGUUGUCAUGCAAAUUAUGUUAUUAUUGACAGUAGUUUGGUAAAUCCACGUCCUCGGAAACUGUCUUAUAUUGAAGCUGCAAGUAUCUUGUACGCUGGACUGACUGCUUGGUCUGCACUAUGGAUCACAGGAGGGCUAUUUUACAAAACGGCGAUAGCUGUGAAGAGGAACAAACCUGUCCUGGUCAUUGGAGGCUCGGGAGGAGUCGGCACUUUAGCUAUACAGCUACUGAAAGCUUGGGAUAUGCAUGUAAUUAGCACAUGCAGUAGUGACGCUGUAGAGAUGCUACAGAAUUUAGAUACUGAUGUUGUCAUUGAUUAUAAGAAAGACGGUGCCGAUGCAGAAAUUAUUUCGGAAGGACCAUAUGACAUAAUAUUAGACUGUGCCAAAAUGGGGCCAGAAUAUGUCAGAAUGAAAGGAUAUCCACACGAUACUUACAUAGCAUUAAACUCGCCACUGUUAAACAAUUUUGAUCAUCAUGGGCUAAUUAUGGGAAUGGUGAAAAAUCUCGGAGAUCUUCUAAAAUUUAAUAUUCCAAAGGCAGAAAAUAAAAGUUGUGUUAAGUGGGGAUUUUUUAUACCUUCCCAAACAGGAAUUAACGUUCUCCAAAAGCUUGUAGAAAACGAAGAGAUCGUACCUGUCGUUCAACAGGUAUAUUCUUUUCAAGAUUUGCCACAGGCAUACGAGAGAAUGAGGCAAGGACACUUAAGAGGCAAACUAGUCAUUGACAUGAGAUAG